AUGGCCGCCUUCGUGCGCGUCUCUGGCCCGCCGAACAGCAACUUCCUGGUCGGCUACCCCGGCAUAUCAGCAACAUUGCCGCGAAUAGAGGGCAAGGUCGAGAUACGGCCCUUGGUCGGCGUCUCUGCCCCCGUCGCCGUCUCGCUGGUCACCAUCUCUCUGCAGCGCCGCGAGAGCAUACAUCCUGCCGCCGACUCGGUCACCAAGAAGCACCUCGCCGCCCCGCGAAAGGAGAUCACGGACAUUGUGGGCAAGGAGAUGCUGCUGUACCGGUCGCCGCUGGGUCGCGAAGCGGAAAGUAUCCUGGCCAUGGACCUGCCCUUUGUGAUUUUCAUUCCCUACGGCCGCGGCGGUGAGGAGAUUGCGCGAAGGGUGCCGCCCGCGAGCCUGCAAUUGCCCAGUCGCACCGCCGAAACGUUCUACGAGCUGGUGGUCACGGUGCAACAAGGCGCCCAAGAACAGAAGAAAUACGCCUUCCCCGUCCCCAUAGCGCGAUACGACACCUUGUCCACGUUUGGCAUGUACAACAGGCCCGAGUCCGCUGAGCGCGUGUCGGAUCAUCUCGUCACUCUCGGCAUCUCGCUCCCGCGCUGGUCAUAUGGGCCGCUGGAUCCCGUAAGCGUCUACAUCAAGCUCUCUCCCAAUCCCGAUUGGAUGGCCAAGGCCAAGAAAGUCACCAUCCAAAAAAUCACCGUCGGCAUAGACGAGGAGAUCAUCUAUAAUCACGAGGGCGAUGAGCCCACCCGCAAAGUGAAGUGCUUGACCAAAACCACCCAAGCGGUGGGCGUCAAGAUGCCCGAAGCCGGCUAUUUCACCAACCUAGGCCUGGUAUUUCCAGCAAAGGACUACAGGGAUAGCGAGGGCAUCAUGCCCCGGGGAAACACCAAGUUCCCCAUGUACGGCGUGAGCGGCUUUACAACGACCGGGACACUAUACAAGAUCGAAUAUUAUUUGACAGUUAAGGCUCAAAUGUCGGCGGCCAAGGACAUAUUACUCCGGCAGCCCAUCGUCGUUUGCCCCUUUGACCAUGCCGGAUGCAAGCAAGAGAUGGAGGCAAUUGAGCAGGCAGCAAAAGAUGCCGCCCAUGUCAGGCCGGAUAACCCAAUGCUCCCCGCACCCCACAUUGUCAAGGCUACCGAUCCGGAGGGACUCGCCGCGCUGGGCAUGGCAUACGUCGGCGGACAGCGGAAGCCGCUAAUCGAUUGA